AUCAAAACAAAUUACGCCACACAGCGGCAGGUGCGUGAUCACAACACAUCGGUGGUGAUAUUGCACCUUCUUUCAUGGGCCUUUGGGCCUGACAUUUUGUUUAAGCGACAGUGACAGUAACGCGACAACCUGAAAGUAAAAUUGUUAAAUCUCGUGCCCCCCUUGUGGUCCAAAGCCACAAGGGGGGCCGACAUAUUCGGAGGAAAUAUUUGGACCGAGCAAAUCAUCCAACAUGGCCGACAGAUAUGGAAGUCUAUCCUUGAGAAAGCUGGAAGGGUGCCAAAGAGACCAAUAUUUCCAAAGUUGCCACAACUUACCACACCAGUUGCAGAAAGGAUCCAUUUGGCAGUGCAAAAGCAAAGUCUUUCCCAGAGAGUUUUUACGGGUAUCUUCCCGCGAAGUUCUAUGAAAACAGUUGCAGCCAAUUUGAGGCGCGAUGCUGCUAUGCGAUUGAUUGCUGCCGGAAUUGGCAGAGGAGGGAGAAACCUUCCACUGUUUGCCUUCGUCUCGCUGGGCUUUUCAGCCAAAAACGACCUGUCAAGUCAGGAGGAAAGGGACAACGUAUUUUCCAAAAUCAGAGAGUUGCAUGAAUCUAAAUCAGCAUCUGAAUCAAGUGGAGUGCCCAUUCUUCGACUUCAGGAUUUGGACAUCGGAGCUUUGAUAGACAAAGGAUGCAAUGCUGCAGUAUACGAAGUACGUCAAAGAGGAAGAAAAGUUGAAGAACCUGAUUCUCCUUGUACAUCAAAUGAUACCACAGUCCAACCACCUGCCAAUGAAACCAGGAAUGAAACUGCAAGCAAAUUGGAGUCUGAGGCUGCGUUUAUAUCAAAUGAGUCCAUCCUAGAGAGUGAGGUGGUAGCAGAUGUUUUUGAAGACUCUGACAGUGAUUUCAGCAUCCUGGACACCGAGGAGGAGGAACUGAAACCAGAAAGGUAUGCUUGGCCAUCAGAUGAAGAAGGAGAUCAAGAGAUGAUGGUUGAGUCAGACAGCGAUAUCAGCAUACUUGACUCAUUGGGCAGUACUGGACAGGAACUAGAAGGAAUGGGCAAUGAUUUUGAAAAGAUCGCACCAAAGUUGUGCGAAGAGAUGGGUCCAGCUGUCACUGAAAAGAUGGAUCAAAGCGUGCUUGCAGAAGAAGACUCUGACAGUGACAUCGCCAUUCUUGAAGAUGAGAGCAUUUUGAUAAUGAAGAUGUACAAGACUGGAGAUGACGACCCAGGUGUGGAGGUAUCAUCUGGCAUGUCAGAAGAGUCAGACAGCGACAUGAGCAUCCUCGAGGAUGAUGGUGUACCAGGGAGCCAUACGGCUGGGGUACUGGUGGAGCAACAGAAGCUUCUGAUGCAAGAGGUGCCGUCAGAUAACGAAGAGAAAGUAGACCCCCAGCUGGACGCUACUCCUUCCUGUGAUUAUGACCUGGCCUUGAAGAUGAUGUUCAAUUACGAUGUGGAGUCGAAUGCAGAGGCUGUGUUGAAGGCCAUGGAGAAGGAAGCUUUGCCCAUGAGGAUGAUGGAUUCUCACAUGCAGCGGGAUUCCUGGCAUAAUGGGAACCGUGUGAGGAAGAAAACUGUCGCUCCGCACCCGAACAUUGUGUGUAUGCAUGGAGUGUUCGUAGACAGCGUGCCCGAUCUACCAGACAACAGACAACACUACCCAGCUGCCCUCCCAUCAAGAAUUGACCCCAAUGGCUUCGGAAGAAACAUGACCAUGUUCCUCCUAAUGAAAAGGUACACCUGUACAUUGAGAGAAUUUCUGAACAAGGAGUCGCCAAGCAUGGCUACCAGAUGUCUCCUGCUGGCCCAGCUCCUGGAGGGUGUAGUCUGCCUUCAGCAGAAUGGAAUCGCUCACCGUGAUCUGAAGAGUGACAAUCUCUUGCUUGAUGUGUCUAAUGGGAAAGAUCAUCCCACUUUGGUGAUUAGUGAUUUUGGCUGCUGUUUAUGUGAAGACAGUCUGCAAAUUCCAUACAACACCAGUGAAAUAAACAAGGGAGGCAAUGCUGCACUCAUGGCUCCUGAGAUUGCAUGUGCUCGAGUAGGCAAGUCCUCUAUCCUGGACUACAGCAAGGCUGACCUGUGGGCUGUUGGGGCCUUAGCAUAUGAGAUAUUUGGUAAGGACAACCCAUUCUACCGCAGCAAGACCAACCCACAUCGGCUGGACAGCAAAACAUUCAGGGAAGAUGAACUUCCACCCCUCCCAGAUGACGUUCCUGCUGCUAUUAAAUACCUGAUCAGGAACCUUCUUGGUCGAGAUCCUACAAGGAGACUAACUGCGGAAGUAGCUGCCACAGUGAUGCAGUUGUGUCUGUUCAUGCCACAGCAUUGUACACAAGUUGGGGGGAUCAAUCCACAUGCAGGACGUCCAAGAAUGGGUGGUACUACUGGCAGCACAACAGACCCUCACCUCUGUCAGCCAUAUACACACCUCUGCUUGUGAUGCUCUGAAGAAGACUUUUCUUUCUCGAAUUUCGUACAAGGACUUGAAGAGCUCUGUUUUGUUUAUUUCAGAAAUUUUGCAGUGAAGGUGUACUGUAGAAUCCAUUGUUUAUUCCAGAAUAUGUAUGCACAUGGUACAGUGGUAUUAACUAAACCAGAUAAAUACAAGUAGUUUGGUUUGUGGGGUUUUAUUUUGUAACCAUUACAAAAAUACUUCAAAUUCCUAAAUAUUAAAGGUUGUUGCAAAACUUUUGACAGUUUUAUGUGAUUAGAUAUUUCCAUUUUGGUUAUUUUCGAGUAAUUUCUCUGGAGUUGCGAUACAAAUGUAAUUUUGGCAAAGCCUGUGAUACGUUUAUGAUGAACUGUUAGUAAAAUGUGUUUCAAUAGA